AUGGUGGUUCAACUUAGACAGAAGGAUCAUCUACUUCUGAUGGAGAAUCAACUACUGGCGAUAAUUCAGACCCAAACAGCACUAAUGAUGGUGAAAAUACUAAUACUGUAGGUGAAACCACUGACCCAUCAGGUGAUAAUACCAACAAUGAUGGCGAUAACACUGACCCAACUGGUGAUAACAAUGACCCUAAUGGUGAUAACAAUGACCCUAAUGGUGAUAACACUGACCAAGAUGGGGACGAUGAAAAUAAUGGCACUGAAGAUCCACCAGGUCCAAUUGACCCAAAUGAUCCACUUGAUCCAAUUGACGAUUUUAGACUACUAAAUCGAUAUCAAUAAGUAUAUUUCAGACCCAGGCACAUAGAGAUAUAGAAGAUAAUCUGAAGAAACAGGUAAGAUUGUUCAAAGAGCAUUCAAGAACAUUGGAGCUAAACUUAUUUUGAACUUUGGCAAGAAGGUAUAACCAGUCUUUAAGAACCUUGUCGAGGCUUCAGGCAACUAUAAGUUAACUGAUAACACUAGCUAUCAACAAUGUGAUCAAACUUGUGCUGCUAAAUGCCUUGACUUAAAUAAACUUUCAAUGGGAGACCUUGAGGUAUUCGAUAGAAAUUGUGUUAACUCUUGUGGUUGCUACCUUGAAUAUCAACUUCUCAACGAGGAUGAUUAAAGAAAACAAAGGCAAGUCUACAGAGAUUUACAAACCAACUCAAAGAGAUUAGAAAAAUUCGUAGAGAGACUCGCUAAGGCCGAGAAAGAUGCUAAAUGGAGUGUAGAAGACUACGAAUUCGAACUUGCUCUUCACAAGGAUGAAUUUGCCUAAGUUGUUAAGGAUGUAACCAAUGAUUUAACUAACUGCGACCAAGAGUGUAUUAACGAUUGUGUUGAUGGCUAAUGGGUUAACUAUUUUGAAAUUCCUAAAUGCAUGAGUAGAUGCUAAUGCGGUCAGGACUUGUUCAAGGUUGGAAAUGCUGAUUUCAACUUCCCAUCUUUGAUUCAAUAUAGCGGCCGUGACAAGCAAGCCUGGUCUCUUUUCAGAAUGACUCAGAACAAAUAUUGA